CCCUUUUCUGUCCUGUUCACCAAGUGCUGCUCUCAUUUGUUGUCUUCUGUUUAAGUUCCUUUUGUUAAGAUACCUGCUGACCAGAGAUGUGAAACUGCAGUGGAUCAUGAGAAACCUCAUGGCUUUGGGUCUUUGGGAACGUGUAAGUUCUUUAACAACACUGAAAGGCUAUUGAUGAGCUAUGCCAUGUAACAGAAUCAUCUUAAGGUGGGAGGUCCAGCCCUCUUCUGUGGUACAGAGCGUUCAUCUUUCUCUGAUGUGGGGGCAGCUACGGCAUCUUCUCUUGGCCUGUCAGCAUGAUGAGGGUUACUUUGCGAGAGGAAGUUAUGAAAAUGAGGAUGAGAAUGAUAAUACAGAGGACAGAUCAAAGGAUCCCAUAUCCUUUCAGCCCAUGGGAUCAGAGCGGAUGGAGAUGCGAAAGAGGCAGAUGUCGGUGCAGCAGGAAUUGGUGCCGGGCACCACAGCACCGGGACAGAACGAGCAGCCCAGCCAGGGGAACCGUGGCUCCAAUGCCUGCUGCUUCUGUUGGUGCUGUUGCUGCAGCUGCUCCUGUCUCACUGUUAGGAAUGAAGACAGAGAUGAGAGGAACCGGAGAGCCUCAUAUGAUUUUAAAGCAGAGGGGAAUGCAGACUUGGAGGAAAGUCUGAAACCGACUGCGGAGGAGGUCUGCUUGUGGGGGCAAUCUUUUGACAAACUGAUGCACUGCCCCGCUGGAAGAAGUGCCUUCCGGCAGUUUCUGCGCACAGAAUUCAGUGAAGAAAACAUGCUCUUCUGGUUGGCCUGCGAGGAAUUCAGUAAGGAAACCAAUAAGAGCGUCAUAGAGGAGAAGGCGCGGAUAAUAUAUGAAGACUACAUCUCUAUCCUCUCACCCAAAGAGGUGAGCCUCGACUCUAGAGUUCGAGAGGUUAUAAACAGGAACAUGCUGGAGCCAACAUCCCACACGUUUGACGAUGCCCAGCUCCAGAUAUUCACACUAAUGCAAAGAGACUCGUAUCCUCGAUUCAUGAACUCGUCAGCAUACAAAAACCUGCUUAAGACGGUCUCUGAGCAGUCGGUGGAAUCUUAGAUCUCUGUGAUCCCGGUCGAAUGCCCCCUCCCUAGCUUUUGUUCGUUACUUAUUCUUGUGUAGAAUAUGUUUAAAAGGACCCCAGCAUGGGUCCUCCCAGGGAUUUUAACGCUAUAGCGAUCUGUACCUGAAAAAAAGACUCUCAGGUCUCCAGGUCACUGGAUUUUUAAAAAAAAUGUCUCAAAUUUCCUGAGGGCUCAACACCACAAGUACUGCUACAGAUCAGCAUAGCAAAAGAUGCUCCAAAGGAUUAUCAGUGCGUUUCGAUGUUUUUAAGAAAAUAAUCGAUUUUCUUUGUGUUGGAAUUCUUUUUUUUGUUUUUGUAUUAAUGUUCGAAGGAAGAUGUGAUACCAAUCGUGGGCUAUAUACAGUAUAUACAGUAGAUAUAUUUAUGAAUUUGUAUUACAGUUCUUCAACAUUUUUUUUUCUUGUGUUACAAUAUUUAAAGAAAAGGGAAUUAUGGGUAACAAGUAUUGCCCGUUUAUGAAAAAUGCGUAUGAGAAUCAAAGCUCAAGUCAA